AUGCGUGCCAUGUCCACCGCGUCAACGGCUACCACUGCGACCACCCACCCCCCGGAUGCCGGGGCCAACCUGUCCACGUCGCAGUUCUUCUCCUCCCCUCCUCCUCCUCCUCCACCCGCCCUGUCUAUCUCCCAUGUCGACCAGUCAUUACCGCGACGAAUCAAGUCCAAGUCGUCCCUACGAAGCCUCCGCAGCUUGGGCAGUAGCAGUGAACCCGACGAUAACCAACAACACCACCAACAACACGACCUCGGUUUCGACAAGACUCUUGUCCGCCCGUCAAUUCUCCGUCGCUUGUCCCCCGGCCUGGCUGCCCGCGUCAAGUUACUAGACGGUAGUAACAAACACAACAGUCCCUCUCGCAACCCCGGUGCCGUCGGUCGGAUCCCCGAGGAACAAAUCAAAGAACUCGACAAGUCGCAUCAGGAUUUAUCCAAAUCCAUUAAGAUCGAAAGGAAGGGUCGCUCAUGGAAUGCUCUACCUCGGCUACACAAGGAUAAGAAAUCUCACGGAAGUGAUUCCAACCACUUAGAGGUCCCCGAACCGCAGCUACCGGAAGAAACCCCAGAGGAGUUGGAGGAGUUACCCACGCCCGACUCGGAUCGUCCCCUGGAUCUGCCUCUGGAUCAAGGGCUGGAAGAAGAGGUCCCGCUGUCGGAAGAGGCCGAAGAGCCUGAAGAGGCUGUGAAGGUUGAGGCUGCUGGGGAAGACGUUAUCGAGGAAGACCCUAUCGAAGAAGACCCUAUCGAAGAAGACGCUGUUGCGGAGCAAGGCGUUGCAGAAGAACUUGUGGAAGAAAGUGCAGAAGACGUUGCUGACGAGGCCGUUGAGGUAGAGGCUACUCUGGAAGAGCCCCGAACCGACAUGUCUGUCGUUCAGCAUGCUCCAGCGCCAUUAGAGCAUAGGCCAGCGCCCUUACCUGACGUCCCCGAGCAGACAGACUUUGAGAAGUACAUACAGAGCACCAAUGAAGACGAUUCGAAUCCACCCCCGCCACCGCCAAAAGACUCUCCGCGCCCACGAUCGACCACUUCACUAAGCUCACAAUCCUACUUCAACCCCCAGGGGUUGCAGCGCACAGAGUCCAUCUACUCAUUUUCUCGCGCCUCGUUUAGCAACCAACUCUCCCAGCUCACGUCCAUUCCCCUUCCGCAACCGUCGUCCCUCGAGGCUAGUAUCUCAUCCAUUGCAACCGCCCCUGCGGCGGUUCGGGCGCUCACCGGAGCGGCAGAGCAAAUUCAAAUAUGGGUCAAGAAGGCCUCGGAUGUGCUAGGGGGGUUGGAUGCAGAGGAUGACGUGGAGUGGGCAGCUGCGGCCGGACGAGAAGGUCUGGAGGGGGUGGACAAGGCGAUCAUCCGAUUCGAGAGCCUGAUCAACGUCUACGUCAGAGCGAUCGAGGAAGUGCAGCUGCGCGAGGAUAUUGGCGACGUGAGUACCGAUAGCCUCCAGACGAUCGUCGUGCAGAUGGACACGAUCAUACAAAGCUGGGCCAACAUCAAGAAUCGCCUCCGGGGAGUCAAAGGACAGGUUGAGCUGGCAAUGGAGUGGGAAGAGCUGUGGGGAAACGUCUUGGGCGAUGUGACAGUGGAGGUAGAGAGUCUCACCGGGCUAAUCUUCGAGAUGGAAGAAAAACGGCACUGGACGCUGGCAGGCGAGCAGGACUCUAGCGCCUCUGGGCUCGACAUCAAUGAGCUGGAGACCAUCGUGGAAGAGACCCCAUCCCAGGCGCAACUGCUGUCCAGCAAACGACUCAGUAUAGAUCCCAUCCUUACCGGGCCACCGACGAUGGACAUGCCGGUUAUUCAGACGCCACAUGACGACACGAAUCACUCGAACCUCAUCGCGCUGUUUGCACGAAUACAACCGUUGCGAGCGUCGCUUGAUUUCUUGCCGAUGAGAAUGUCCAUGUUCCAAGCGCGGGCUGAGAGGAUCUUUCCCAGCGCUUGUGAGGAGCUCGAGGAGCGGCGGGGCCAUCUUGAACAGAGCUUUCAAAAGCUGGAGCAGGAUGCAGAUGCGCUGCAGAAGGAGCUUAACGAGGACCGGUGGAUCCUUGUGUUCCGUAACGCGGGUGGACAAGCGCAGAAAAUGUUCGACUCGGUGGAACGAAGCAUCGCAAAACUGCAGGAGGCCAUCGAGACAUGCGCCCAUCUGCAUGAUGCAACGUUGUUUACGAAACGUAUUGAGAGCUACGAGGCCAAGAAGCAGCACUAUGUGGCAGCAAUUGAGCGGGUAGUGUCGAUUAUUCGCAAGGGUGUCGAUGACCGACUGACGGUGAACGGAGAGAUCCUGCGACUGCUGUCGGACAUGACUUCGAGGAUCGACGCCCUGAAGGCGAGUGUCCGGGUGAUGGAUGAGUGGCUAGAGGACAUUAACUUUGUCCGAUCACAGCAUCUCCGGGACUCGAUCUCCAGUAUCAUGACGAUGGACAGUCCUCUGACCGGCAGUGUCGCCGAUACUCCAGGAAGUUCUCCGGCAUCGUCAGUGGUGAUGACGCCCGCCAACCCCCUCAAGGGCUCUGCCACGCCUAUGGGAACGUCUAGUCGACGUGGCAGCUCGGUCAGCUCAGCAGCGCGGACGACAAUGUCCAAGAUGCGACGGUACUCGGGCAUCCCGCAGGCGACGGCCGCGCUGACCAGCAAGAAGUCGUCUCUCCCCAAGCCUUCGCUCACUGCGCCGUCACCAAGUCGGAUGGGCGCCGCCACACCCACCCCUGCUGCGCGUAAGCCUGUCAAGCCGGCGCCGUCCCCCAUUCCCAAUCGUCCGCGCUGGACCAACAGCACCAACACGAACGACCUAUAUGUCGGCCACGUGUACAAACCCAAUCCUACUCCCCGCAAGCCCUCUGCUUCUGGCCGCACAUCGCGGCCCUCGUCGACUAUACCCAUGGGACCGUUCCGGCGCGACAUGUCCGUCUCUCCGGCACCGAUGACGGCGCGCUCUAUGAGUCGUGUUUCCAGCCGCCUGACGAAUCGCAGCCCGGAGCGCAUGGGCUCUCCUACACCUAAUCGAUCUAUCCUCGACCCUCCUCCUUACAGCAAGCUCCGGCGGCCCGACGGCAUGUCGAACGCGCCGCGCAGCCGACAGAGCUUUGCGGGGCUGUCGUUCAGCCGCAGUGUGUCGCAUGACCACGAACGAAACAUUGCCAGUCCGACGAAGACGCCGCGGCCAGGCACCGCGCUGGGGCAUUCCGCGAACCGGCGGAUCAGCUUGAUCCCAUUGCCGAAGAACAACCCGACGCCUCGCAGCAAGCUCGGAGAGCGGCCGCCAUGGCGGUGA